UUGGUGUUGGUGUUGAGUUGCGUUUUAUCUGCGCGUCUUUAAAGGACAUUUUCUUUUAAAGACAUAAUGACUUCUUCGGGUGCGCUGACAGGCUUGAGGACUGGCCCUGUGUAUUUCUUUGACCAGCCAACAAAGCGAGACAGAAUUAAAGGGACACGAAGUAUUUUCUAUUUCAAUGAGGCAGAUGAAGGAGCGCAGUCAGCAGAGGACACACUACAAAGCACUCGAAAGACUGACAACAAGGAAGGCACAAGUGAAGAGCUCACCCGGACAGGUGAAACACAUGGGGAAGGAACACCUGAUACUUCAUCUGCUGUCGGUGCUGCGCCGACCACAAAGGACCACGGCUGGAUGGAUGCGUACAAGCGAGCAGCCCCGCAGUUAUUAAAUGAACUGGCUCGCCUACUUUCACAACAUAAUUGGGCUGAGAAGAGGUGUAUUCCUCACGGAAUUGUAAAUAUUCUGAAUUACUCCUGGGAGGAUCUGACUUUAGGGGCGGUGCAUUUGAAAAGUCAGGAUCAGACUGACAAACGAGGAGACUCCACGGGUUCCUUGAAGAUGGAUGAACCUCCAUCCCGUCAAGUGUCCGCCAAUCACGGGAGGGAGGCAGGAGAGAGAAACUCGUGUGUUGUGGAGAAGUCUGUUCGCUCAAAGCCACGCGUGAAACAGCACAAACAAACUUACAGCAGAGCUCACAACUCCACCACCGUCAGUUUGUCCAUCUCAUCCAGCAGCUGUAAACAUCCAGGUUGGAUCAUCCAGCCAAAGCAACUCUCCUGUGACGAGCCUGAGUGGAUCGGUUUGUGUCAGUGGGUAGCAGAGCGACUGCAGAUGGCAAGAAAUCCUGAAAAGCUGCAAACAGCUGAAGAGGAUUUGAACAAGCCCUUCAUCAUGGUUCAUCAUUAUGAAGACACAAAGGCAAAAGAGAAGCACAGGAGAGCGAGGAGAAAGACCCAACCUGCAGCUGUAGUACCAGAAGAGAAGCAGCAGAAUCCAGCACGGCAGAAGCUUCACUGCAGGAUCAACGACGGCUCCUCGUUCAUAUACUACCCAUCUGGUUGUAUGGCAGUGUGCCAGAGCCACUCGGGUCUGCCCUGUGGAGGCUUCUACACCAACGUGUUCAGUGACAGCAGGUGUCCCGUCAUCCUGGCGACUAUCACGGCGUUCGGGCACGGUACUGUCACACACCCUGUGAGCUCUGCCAUUACAGCAGUGUGGGAUCAGGACGGUGGAUUCACAUACGACCAUCAUGGGAACACAACUAAGGAGUGGAGGUGGCUGAGAGGACGCAAAGUGAGAGAGAAGAUUGUUAUACAGCUGUCAGAUCUGAUCUCCGUGAGGCUGUUUAGUGGUACUUCUGCCAUGCUCAGCUUCAGGUGUAACAGCAAGAGUGUUCAGCUUCCUCUUUCUGCCCUGCCUAAUAUUAACCAGUCACGGGACACACCUUGUUUGCAGACUGAAGGAAAGCUUACCUCUGGUGCUGCUCAAGACUUCAUACUGACGGGGAGGACAAAAUCCCCUGCUGUGGUCUUAGAAAGUAAUCGCACCUUGACGCCAACACCUGUAAGAGACGUUUUACUGACACAUGACAACAUCUCAGUGAAGGUGUCUGUGUGCUCCCGAGAGGACCUCCAGAUGGUCAGAAAAGUGGAGGGGCUGGAGGAGCCGUCAACACGGUGGAGAAGAGGAGGGCGUGUUGGCAUGGAGCUGAAGAGACUUCAGCAGAAAAUUCGAAGCACCUUGGAUGACUGGCUGGAUUAUUAUCGUGUAGCCAUUGGGAUCAAAUGUCCUGACGUGAAGCAGAUGCCAGAUGUCCCACUGAGGACCAGGCGGAAGAGAGGGGUUCAGCCAGCUGCUCUGCCCUCUCUGAACUCACCUGAGCGAGCUGAUCUCAGACCAGUCCAGCCCGAGCAGGACAGGAAGGAGUUACAUGAUCUGUCAGCACCAGCAGAAAAACCUCUGGACUCAUAUGUUAAGCUACCAAGGAUGCCAAAACAGGGCUCCUGUGUCACACAGAUAGGACCCCUUCAGGUUCAUGGCAACAUCUCACAACUUAAGUCAGUGAUUAUUCCAAACAGUCCAGAUUUGCAGCCCUCCGUUGUCACCCGCUGUCCGGCCUCGCCGCUGUUCACCCCCUCCUCCCCCAUCACAACGUGCCCUGCUCUGCUGAGAGCUGCUCUGCUGGGGGAGGGGGGACGCAGGCGGUGCUGCUGCAGCGCUACACUGAUGCCAGCUCUGACAGACCUGGAGUAUGAUACCUUCAUAAUGGGCCAGCCUCCACACAGUCAACAGAUCCUGGUGGUGUGUGUGACUUCGCCACACCGACCAGACAACACACAAGCAGGAUGCCAUAAGGAUGUGCUGGAGCAGCUUUACAGGAGGAGGAACAAGCACCGAACAAAACCGUGUACUCAGUGCCAGAUGGAUUCGUUUCGCCUGGUGAGGUACGAAAUGUCAACAGGGAAUCCCAGCUGCGGAGCGGAGAACGUCCUGCUGCAGCAGCGACAUAAUGCCGCUCCUGGGAUGGUCCUGAUGUACAUCAGAGGGAAGCUGCUGUUUGUUGGCUACAUAUUCGGUGGUCACAGCUACUCAGUCAGGGACCUUCAAAAGCAAAUCUCCAGAACCAGGGGAGACUACAGAUUAGGUGUGAGCCUCCCUUCAGACUACAAGUUCAGUGAUACAGUGAAAAUCCCCGCAGCCACACAUGCGCACAUCUCACAAACGACAUCACUAAAAGGAGGGGAUGACACAAGACCAGCUUUUUCAACGAGAAAGGAAGUAGGCAAUGAGAGAAAAAAAUAAUCAUGUUCCUGAGGAGUUAUGCCAACAGACAGCGAGACUCUCAUAUCAAGACUCCAGCACUGUUAUUGCACACUGAAUAUGCUCUAGUCAUUAAAAAAAACAACCUCCAAAGUGCAUCAACUUUAGGUUAAUAUUCAACGAAACACCUCAUUUGUUCACUAUGCAGAAUGGCACCUUUUUCAUCUCAUCUGAACAGCCAAUGGAAAAAUCUGUGUUUGUUUUCACAGUAUUUCCAUGAGCAGGAGCAAAGUUAAUAAAAACACCAAACGAU